AUGAACUCGUGGGACGCGGGCCUGGCGGGGCUGCUGGUGGGCACGAUGGGCGUCUCGCUGCUGUCCAACGCGCUGGUGCUGCUGUGCCUGCUGCACAGCGCCGACAUCCGCCGCCAGGCGCCGGCGCUCUUCACCCUCAACCUCACGUGCGGCAACCUGCUGUGCACCGUGCUCAACAUGCCGCUCACGCUGGCCGGCGUCGUGGCGCAGCGGCAGCCCGCCGGGGACCGCCUGUGCCGCCUGGCCGCCUUCCUCGACACCUUCCUGGCCACCAACUCCAUGCUCAGCAUGGCGGCGCUCAGCAUCGACCGCUGGGUGGCCGUGGUCUUCCCGCUGAGCUACCGCGCCAAGAUGCGCCUCCGCGACGCCGCGCUCAUGGUGGCCUACACGUGGCUGCACGCGCUCGCCUUCCCCGCCGCCGCGCUCGCCCUGUCCUGGCUCGGCUUCCACCAGCUGUACGCGUCGUGCACGCUGUGCAGCCGGCGGCCGGACGAGCGCCUGCGCUUCGCGGUCUUCACGGGCGCCUUCCACGCGCUCAGCUUCCUGCUGUCCUUCGUCGUGCUCUGCUGCACGUACCUCAAGGUGCUCAAGGUGGCUCGCUUCCACUGCAAGCGCAUCGACGUGAUCACCAUGCAGACGCUCGUGCUGCUCGUGGACAUCCACCCCAGUGUGCGGGAGCGCUGUCUGGAGGAGCAGAAAAGGAGGCGGCAGCGUGCCACCAAGAAGAUCAGCACCUUCAUAGGGACCUUCCUUGUAUGCUUCGCACCCUACGUGAUCACCAGGCUGGUGGAGCUGUCCUCCUCGGUGUCCAUCGGCUCCCACUGGGGGGUGCUGUCCAAGUGCUUGGCCUACAGCAAGGCCGCGUCGGACCCCUUCGUGUACUCCUUACUGCGACACCAGUACCGCAAAAGCUGCAAAGAGAUCCUGAACAGGAUCCUCCACAGACGCUCCCUCCACUCCUCGGGCCUCACGGGCGACUCCCACAGCCAGAACAUUCUGCCGGUCUCCGAGUGAAGGACGCCGCUCUUGCUGGAGAUGGAGGAAUGAGACAGUUG